AUGACGCUCGUCUCCGAUCAGGUGCGGCGUCUUGAUGCGUACCUCGAUCGUCUCCCCGUCCUCUCCGAAGGCUCGUCCGAUGACGGAGCUUCUGAGGGCGAGGAGCAUGGCUUUGCCGUUGCCGUAGCCGACGCCGCUGCAGCUUCAAGGCUGGAACAGCUCCUCCGCAUCGUUCAGUCGCUGAGCACGACCUCGUCCUCGCAGCCACUGCUUCCUGCAAGCCGGGUACGGACCCUUCUCAUCCAGUCCGGCAUACCCUCCGCCAAAUCCCGACUAGAGGAGCCAGACGCCGCGAGAGCUGCCUACACAGAAUCAAAGAGCGCAUACGAAAACGAGAUCGAAUGGCUGUUGGUCACCAAGGCCACUGUCCAGGUAUACGGCGCAAUCCUGAACAACCUCUUGGAGCGCAUCAUCCCGUUGAGCGACGACAUCUGGUACUGGUCCGAGGUUCUGAAUUCCUAUACCUACAGCAGCCUCUAUACCGUGCAGACGUCACCGCUACGUCUGUGGGCAUGGACGCAGGAUGUUUACGUCGCCAGCAAGACACGCAUGCGCUCCAUGUCUGUCCGAGAUGCGCCGGCCGAUAUCGUCGACUCUACCGCAUCGGGCAUGUCGCAGCAGUGGAAACAGUUUUACGGCAUCGUUCGCGACACGAUCCGGGAGCGAUCCUUUGCAAACAUCCAACGCAAAGUUCUAUCUCCUCUUGCACUCUGCCGGGCCGAAGCACGGCACAAACAGGCCCAGCUGAAGAAGCUCAGGGAGAUCACAGCGAGCGGUCUUGGCGUGUUAAUCGACGAGGGCCUCCAACUCGGUCAUGACGACGAAAAGGCCGAGGUGCACGAUCAUCAAGACCUCAAGGGCGUGGUUGAGCGCAGCGUGGCGCUGAUGGAUGUUGUUCUGAAGGAGGUGUGCACUCUAGAUGUCAACAUUGACGACUUUGAAGAUAAAGUCUUUGCCGGCGUCGAAGAAGACCCGGAGUUGUCAGUUCAUCUUGAAGAUAGCGUCACGCCAGACCGGCCGGCCGUGUUAGCCCGCCGCCUACUGCGCAUUAUGGACAGAACUCUGCCGGAACACUUCAACGCCAUGCAGUCGCUAGCCCAGGCGAACGGGCGCCCGCCCCGCAUUGUCCGAUAUUGGUUGCCGGCUGCCGUCGGCGUUCUGUCCUCCACAACGGUGCUUCGGAUCCUGGUGAAUCGCAAGGCGGAUAUCAUCGACUGGAUCACAGGGUUUGGCCAGACAGUCCGAGACUUUUGGUUCAACUGGGUUGUUCAGCCCUUGGCCAAGGUGAUCAAGACCAUCCGGCACGACGAAACGAGCGAGAUCGCCAUCAUGAGCAGAGAUAGCCUGAAGGCGGAUCGCGAGAGCCUGGAGCGCAUGGUGGUGGAUUUCGCCGUCGACAAACCUCACUUUGCUGCGGAGGCCUCGUCGCUGUCGGACGCUCAGAUUGCUGAGAUACGCACGAAGGUUGCUGAAGGAGACGUGACGCCCGUCCUGCGGGCGUACGAAAAGGACUUGAAAAGCCCGUUCAUGGGAGCUGUCCGCGGCGACCUCGUUCGGUCUCUGCUUAUUCAGGUGCAGAAGACGAAGGUGGACUUGGAGGUAGCCAUGACAGGCAUCGACUCGCUGCUGAAGAGCCAGGAGCUCGUGUUUGGCUUCGUGGGACUGACACCAGGGAUCCUAGUCUCGAUCGGCGUCAUGCAGUAUCUGCGCGGUGUGCUCGGUGGCCGUUCCUGGCACCGACAGGAGCGAAAGGCCGGGCGAGUCGUCCGCAUCCUCCGAAACAUCGAUCGGAUACUUUCGGAGGCGAGGCCGACGGAGAACAACGUCCUGUCCUACAAGGACCACGGCCUGCUGCUGUGCGAGGUGCACGUGCUGCGGGAUCUGGCGGGCAAGCUCAUGCCACGCGACAUUCGCAAGGAGUUUUUGGAGGACCUCGACGAUCUGGCCAACAUCAAGGGCAUACAGGUGCAGGCCAAGGCGCUCGACAGGAUCCGCUGGGCGUAUGCCAGAUGGCUCAAGUAG